GGUGAAGGUUUUGAGAGGAUCAACCAAUCGACAUGAAGGCUGCCAUUAUCCUGUGUGCCCUGAUGGCACUCUCUGAGUGCAUGGUCAGGAUUCCUCUGAACAAGGGGAAGACGGCCAGGGAGAAGCUGGAGGAGCAGGGUCUGUGGGAGGAGUACAGCAAUAAGUACCCCUACAAGCCCAUGGCCAAGUUCCUUGCUCAAGGCAACGGCAACCAGCAGAUGACCAACGAUGCUGACCUGGCGUACUUUGGAGUCAUCUCCAUCGGCACCCCUCCCCAGUCCUUCAAGGUCAUCUUUGACACCGGAUCCUCCAACCUGUGGGUGCCCUCCGUGUACUGCAACAGUGCUGCCUGCCAGAACCAUGCCAAGUUCAACGCUGGCCAGUCCUCCACCUUCCGCUUCACUAACAAACCCCUGCAGAUCCAGUACGGCACAGGCAGCAUGACGGGAUUCCUGGGCUAUGACACCGUCCUUGUUGGAGGCAUCCAGGUGCCCGAUCAGAUGUUUGGCCUGAGCCAGACCGAGGCUCCCUUCCUGGCCCACAUGCCUGCGGAUGGCAUUCUGGGCCUGGCCUUCGCCAGCAUUGCCGCCUCUGGUGCCGAGCCCGUAUUCAACAACAUGGUCCAGCAGGGUCUGGUGCAGCAGGACUACUUCUCUUUCUACCUGAGCAGCAACUCUGAAGCUGGCAGCGAGGUGACCUUCGGUGGAUACAACCCUAGCCACUACACUGGCAACCUCAUCUGGAUCCCCUUGUCCUCGGAGACCUACUGGCAGAUCACUGUCAACAGCAUCACUGUCAACGGCCAAGUGGUUGCCUGCAAGGAGGGAUGCCAGGCCAUCGUGGACACGGGAACCUCCCUGAUUGUUGGACCCAAUGACGACAUUAGCAGCCUCAACAACGCUGUCGGAGCAAGCAGCUCUUAUAGCCAGAUGGCCCCAGUGAACUGUGGUAGCAUCUCCAGCAUGCCCGAGAUCUCUUUCAUCAUCCAUGGACACACCUUCACCCUGCCCGCUUCCACCUACGUCCUUCAGUCCAACAACUUCGGCUGCAGGACUGGAUUGGCCAACGGUGGCUCCGCCCUCUGGAUCCUGGGUGACGUGUUCAUCAGGCAGUACUACACCGUCUUCAACAUGCAGUCCAACUACGUCGGCCUGGCCAAGGCAGUGUAAAAAAAAUAGCAUUAUCUGUUUGUUCUGGUAUUUGUGGAAACGAUUAAAACAGUUGAGAAAAAUGAAAAA